UCCGGUGCUGCAGAUGAAUGAAGCCUGUUCCUGGUGCAUGAUUGGACACUUAGACACCGUCUAACUCUGCAGAGACAUUGUUACAGCUGGAAGAUUUUCCUCAUGGUCUUUACAGGGAGUUGAUUCUGACCAUAGGUGAAGAAAUAAUAUGAAAAAGUUCUACUGACACAAUAAAGGACAGACACAGAGGACAUGUGGAAUGACUGUGACUGGUGAGGACCUGGAGUCAAACCUGCCACAAGGGCAAGGGAUAUAAGGAAACAGACGAGAGGAGGUAUUAUGCUGGUUCGGGUGCAGCAGGACUGUGCUAUGAUUCUCCCUGUCGUGGUUUUGCUGGUGCUCCUGCUGCUCUCUGGACCAGAGUCCUCUCUCCAGGGAGACACCCAGGAAAUCGGGAACAGUGAUGAGAUCCCAGAGGGAGAGUUCAUCUACGCACCAAAACGGCAGAAACGUGCCGUGGUGGACUACAGUGCCCAUCAGACGGACAAAUGCUCUUACACCUUUAUUGUCCCUCAGCAGAAAAACACUGGGGCCAUCUGUGUGAACUCCAAGGAGCCCGAGGCCUUGCUGGAGAAUCGGGUCAACAAGCAGGAGCUGGAGCUGCUCAACAGUGAGCUACAGAAGCAGAGGCUGCAGAUCGAAGCGCUGCAGCAGCUAGUCGAGGUCGAUGGAGGUGUGAUCAAUGAAGUCAAGCUACUGCGCAAAGAGAGCCGGAACAUGAACUCCAGAGUCACACAGCUCUACAUGCAGCUGCUGCACGAGAUCAUUCGCAAACGAGACAAUGCUCUGGAGGUGUCACAGCUGGAGACCCGCGUGCUGAACCACACAAACGAGAUGGGGAGGCUAGCCACGCGCUACCGUGAUCUGGAACAUAAGUACCAGCAUCUGUCAGCGAUCGCCAGCAACCAGAGCGCUCUCCUGGUGCAUCUGGAGGAGCAAUGUAAGCGGGGAGGAUACUCGUACGGCAGCGUGGUGCAGGAGAGGAGCCGUCCUGUCCGUCCACAGCCUCGUGUGAUCCCUCAGCCUCCUCUGCAGAGACCUGUACUCUCUCCCGGAGGCUACAGACCCUACCAUCCACCUACCUACACCCGCCACAUCAGCAACCCCAUGACCAAUGAGAUACAGAGUGACCAGAACUCCAAAGCCCUACCACCUCCGCUGCCCACAAUGCCGAGUGGUACAUACAGCUUCACGAACAAGCCCUCAGGUCCUUUCAAAGACUGUCUGGAGGCUGUGGAGGCCGGAUACACCACCAGCGACAUGUAUCUCCUAAAACCAGACAAUGGAAACAGACUCAUGCAGGUUUGGUGUGACCAGAGACACGACCCUGGUGGCUGGACUGUGAUUCAGAGGCGUCAGGAUGGCUCCGUCAACUUCUUUAGGAACUGGGAGACGUACAAGCAAGGGUUUGGAAACAUUGAUGGUGAAUACUGGUUAGGCCUCGAGAACAUCUACUGGCUGACAAACCAGGGCACCUACAAGCUGCUGGUGACCCUGGAAGACUGGACUGGACGGAAGACCUUUGCAGAGUAUGCAAGCUUCCGUGUCGAGUCAGAGGCUGACUCCUACAGGCUGCGGGUGGGCCAGUACCAUGGCAACGCUGGAGAUUCUCUCACCUGGCACAACAGCAAGCAGUUUACCACACUGGACAAAGACCAUGAUGUCUACACAGGUAACUGUGCCCACUACCAGAAGGGAGGAUGGUGGUACAAUGCCUGCGCUCACUCCAACCUGAACGGUGUGUGGUAUCGCGGUGGACAUUACCGCAGCCGCUACCAGGACGGGGUGUACUGGGCCGAGUUCAGAGGAGGAGCUUAUUCUCUGAAGAAAGUGACCAUGAUGAUAAGACCCAGUGCAAACACCUUCCACUAACACUUAAGUCAUUCAGAACUGAACAGACAGUUUCUUCCAAAGGGAUUUCAUUUCAUUUCAGUAUCACAACUUCCUCCUGUUCUUUUUCCUGUUGGUUGCUUCACAUUCAUAAAAUAGCUUCCAAAUGCUUGUUUUUUAUUUUAUUCCUCUUCCAGUAAUAGAUUUUACUUAUCUAGUUAGGCUCAUAAAUCAACAUUACACAUAAAUCAACAAAAGUACACACAAACAGACAUUAAGUGGUUGUAAUAUCUCAUCUGUGCUCUGGUUUGGCUUUUGUUGGUUUGUUGAAACACAAUAUAAAACUGUAACUUUAAUUUUAUAUCUCUGUAAAAUAGUAACAUAAAAUUGACUGCUGGCAAUAAACUGAUAUGUCAGAUUAUUAUUGGUGCUUAUAUUACAUGUGUAUUAUGUAUGUAUGGGAUUCUACAGGAAAGAAAGCUGGUUAUUUAUUUUGAUAUCAUUUUCUAGAAGAUUUCAGUAAAUCUGUCUCAUUAGUCGAGUUAUUUCCUCUUUAUUUCAUCUAAUAUCUUGAUUUGACAUUAGUAAGUAAAACAAUGGAUUUUCUGACAGAAUGUGAACAAAGUUCAACAGGUCAGCUUUUCUCACUAAAUACACCAUGCAUGAUUCUUGAACUGAACUGUGUAUGUGGAUUUUAAUGAGUCUAUAAUGACUAAUGUGUCUUGUUUGUGAGAUAUGAAGUAGCAAGAUGGGACCACUGUUAAAUUAAGGAUCAGUUUGGUACCAACUUUACAUACAACAGUUUUAUGCUCAUAAAAGGUAUCCACAUUUCAAAUUGACUUUAUUUCUAGUAUGAAACCAUAACAGGAUGUUAAAACUCUCCCAUGGAAGCUUAUUUGGUUGUUAAGUUAGGACAUGUUUAACCUAGUAUAUAGCAUACUGACUGGAAUCAGGGGAAAACAGGUAAAAAUACAAAAAUACACCUUCCAAUACGUCUCAACCUCACUGAGGA